AUGGCCGCGGCGCACGCGAGGCGCCUGGCCACGGGCGACUCGCCGGCGGCCACGCCGGCGGUCGGGACGGCGUCCGGCGGCCGGUCCCAGUUCAACCUCUCGUCGAGCGCGGCCACCGCCGUGGUGUUCGUCUCCAUCUUGCUCUGCUUCAUCCUGCUCUGCACCUACUGCCGCUGCGCCAGGCAGCGCGCCAUCGCCGACGCGCGCAGGCGCGUCAUGCGCGGGGUCCGGGAGCGCGUCCCGAGCGUCCUCCUCCUCCGCCCUCCCGCCGGCGUCGACGCGCUGCCCGUCCUCCCCUACUCCGCCGCCGCCGCGGCUGGCGCCAAGAAGGGGCAGCGCGUCGAGGACUGCCCCGUCUGCCUCGAGGCCUUCGCCGACGACGACGGCGUCAAGGUCGUGCCGGUGUGCGGCCACGUCUUCCACGGCCCCUGCAUCGACCAGUGGCUCGCCGUGCGGAACUCCUGCCCGGUCUGCCGGUGCGCCGUGGUGUGCUACUACGCCGACCGCGCCAGGGACACGGCGGUGCUGGUCGACGACGACGACGGCGAUGAUCAGGAUAUCGUCCUGGGGCGCGUCGUCGCGAUGAUCGGAGCGAUAAGGCUCCAACAGAGGGAGGAGGAGGAGGAGGCUGGUGCUGCGGCCGCGCGGCGCGCGCCGGCGAGCGGUGGCGGGGGAGACGGGGGGUGAUGACGUGAUGAUGACGUAUACGUGCCUGGGUUGUGCAGGUGCAGCUAACUUUUCACUAGGUGAGUUUGGUUUGUAGCUUUGGUGUGAAACACUAACAUUAGAGAGAUACAAGGGAUUAAAAAUUGCAUGCUCUCUGCAGCAAAAUUUGUACUGUUUUUGUGUAAAUUCAUUUUGAAAUAUACCCAAAUGUUUAUAGUCCAAGUCCUGGAGCAAAGAUAACUUGGCUCUUUUGUUCCAGAAAUGGUUGCAACUAAGUUAGGCAUUCUUGUUAUUUCAAUUCUC